AUGCGAACUUUACGUGCGUUAUUAUGAAUAUUGUAUGUAGUAUUUUUGUGUAACGAUUGUUUGAGUAUUAUUUUCGUCAACUGAAAUGCUACGUAACUUGAAAAUUGUUGUUGUUAAACACAUAACUGUCAAUAAGAGACACAAAGCUGUCAGCAGGCUUCUUCCGAUCGGUAGCAGAGGUAACUAAGUGACAGAAGAAAAUGAAUUCUUAAUUCCAGCGCGUUAUAAGUGUAAGGGCGCUGGAAAGGACACACUGACUGGCCAUGGAUGUGCUAACUGUUGUUCAGACCAAACUGAGCGCCGAAGACAAUGUGGUUUCAGUCCACGAAGCAAGCUUAAUGCAAGGAUGGGUGCGCACAUCUAGAGUUCUGGCUCUGGUUGAAAAUGAGAAUGAUCAUGCAUUGUUUGUUUUUCUGAGUUCAAGAGUGCCCCCUCAAAGUUUUACUGAUCUGACUAUUGAGCGAACAUUGCCAGUAGAUGCUGACUUCAGGUGUGAAAUAGACCCUGAAAGUAAACAUCAAGAUGGUGUUGAUGUGUAUGUCAACAUAUCUUCUUAUAAACUUAAGCUCUUAUUUGAAAUGGUGCCUGGAGUGAAAACAAGCAACUUCGUUGGAGAAUUAUUCAGAGUAAUGGAAGUCUACAGUAAAAGGAGGGGCCCACCUCCAGAAUUCCAGUGGCUUUGCAAGUAUGCUGCAGAUAAUUCUUACAGUGCCUUAGUUAAUGUUGAAAAACCAGUAGAUGUGAAGGAAAUACCGCCUGCAACCAAGGAUGACUCGUUGGCCACCUCUCUGCUGGAGCUUGAAAGCCCGGAUAUUACAUUACCACGUCAAAGCAUUGCUAAAGGGACCACGCCUAUAGCAGCAAGGGAAAGUGUUAUUAGAUAUCAGAUGGCAAUGAAAGAACGUCAUUAUACAUACACUCAAGUUCUGAAGGUUUUCAUUGGCACUUGGAAUGUCAAUGGACAGCCGCCAACUGUGCCACUUACAGAAUGGCUUGCCCAUGACCCUGAACCACCUGAUAUAUACGCUAUUGGAUUUCAGGAGCUUGAUUUGAGCAAAGAAGCAUUUUUGUUCAAUGAUACACCAAGAGAAGAAGAAUGGCUAUCUGCUGUUAUGAACAGUCUUCACCCCAAAGCUCGGUAUCGUAAAAUUGCACUUGUGAGGCUUGUUGGGAUGAUGUUACUGAUAUUUGUUCAAGAGCAACAUGUGGCAUAUGUUAGAGGUGUUGCCACAGAAACUGUAGGAACAGGAAUAAUGGGCAAAAUGGGAAACAAAGGUGGCGUGGGUGUUCGACUAGACUUCCACAGUACAUCAAUUUGUUUUGUGAAUUCCCACUUAGCAGCUCAUGUUGAGGAAUAUGAAAGAAGAAAUCAGGAUUAUCAUGACAUUUGCCAAAGAAUGAGUUUUACAAGGUUUCUGCCUCCUAAAGGGAUUAAGGAUCAUGAUCAAAUUUUUUGGCUUGGAGAUUUAAAUUACCGAAUAACAGAUCUAGAUCCGAAGAUUGUGAAGGAUUGUAUUGAUAAAAAUAAUUUAGAGACCAUUAUUGAAUUUGACCAGCUACGGCAACAACACAAGAACAAAAAUGUUUUUGUAGGCUACCAAGAAGGGUCACUCACUUUCCGACCAACUUAUAAAUAUGACCCAGGAUCAGACAACUGGGAUUCAAGUGAAAAAAAUAGAGCACCAGCAUGGUGUGAUAGAAUACUGUGGAAAGGUGAUGGUAUCAAACAGUUAGCUUACAGAAGUCAUCCAGAACUCAAAAUUAGUGAUCAUAAGCCAGUUAGUGCAUUAUUUGAUUCACAGAUACGAGUGAUUGAUGCUGCCAAAUAUCGAAAAAUACACGAGGAAGUGAUGAAAAAAUUGGAUAAAUUGGAAAAUGAAUUUCUUCCUCAAGUGAUGGUGGAUAAUACAGAAAUAAUAUUUGACACUAUUUACUACUUAGAAUCGCAGACCAAAGAUUUGAUAAUUGCUAAUACAGGGCAGGUUCCUGUCACAUUUGAGUUCAUAAAAAAAUUGGAUGAUUCAAGUUAUUGCAAGGAUUGGUUGAAUAUAGAACCAUAUGCAGGAUUUAUAAUGCCAGGUGAAAAAUGUGAUAUCAGGCUGGAAGUUUUUGUUGACAAGAAAUCGGCAUUUAAGUUGAAUUCUGGAGAGGAUAAGCUUUAUGACAUUCUAGUUCUACAUUUAGAAGGAGGAAAAGAUAUUUUUAUCACAGUUACAGGAACAUAUGAGCGUAGUUGCUUUGGAGCAUCAAUUGAAGCGCUGGUGUAUAUUACACUUCCAAUACGUGAAAUACCUGUUGGCAGGCUUGUUGAACUGGAAAGCAGUAAGGAAGUAACAUCAACACAGGAUCCAUACCCAAUACCAAAGGAAAUAUGGUUUCUGGUUGACCACCUCUACAGGCAUGGACUAAAACAGCCACACUUGUUUGAACAGCCUGGUUUGCAUUCAGAAAUUUUGCAAAUUAGAAACUGGCUUGAUAAUGGCUCACCUGAUCCUCUGCCUGGCAGUGUUCAUUCAGUUGCUGAAGCUUUACUCUUACUUCUGGAAUCCACUGCAGAGCCAGUUAUACCAUACAAUUUACAUAAUAUUUGCCUGAAUGCGUCCAGCAAUUACCUGCAGUGUAAACAGAUUGUCAUGCAGCUGCCUGAACAUAGGAAGAAUGUCUUCCUGUAUUUGUGUACCUUUCUACAAGAGGUACUGAGUCACAUGAAUGAUAACGGCCUGGAUGCAAAAACAGUAGCCACACUGUUUGGGACAAUCUUCCUACGUGAUCCACCACGUAGUCGUGGCGAUUUGAGUUCAAGAGUUCGGACAAAUCAGCAGGCACUUGACAGGAAGAAGGCGAAUUUUGUUUACAAUUUUCUAGUGAAUGACCAAAGUGAUUUAAUACUUGGUCGAUGAAACUUUUUUUAUUUUUGCAUUUGUUAAAUGUGUAGUACUUACAAGCAGUUAUACUCAAAUUAAAGUGGACCCACCUUGCACAUAUUUAUAUAUAUUGUUAUCUAAUAUUUAGAUUGCAUAUUUAUUUUAAUUAAGAAAUUCUUGCAUGUGUGUGUUUUAAUGUGCAAUUAUUUGUACAGAAGAAGCAAAUAUGUAAAGCAGUACCAUGUACUGCACUAUAGAAUAAAACAGUUUCAGUUUAUGCUGCAGUGAGAAAUUAAAUAUCAGAAAAAGUUAUCCUAGAAUAACUGAUAUUCUUGCCGUGUAUUAAAAACUGUAAUUUGACUGCAUAUUGUUGUACUAUUUCCUUCAAAAGUACAUAUUGUUUAUCCUAAGCAGGAGCCAGUAUGGUUAUUUUCAUGUGAUAAUGAUGUGCACUGGAUGUAACAGUAAGUCUGACAAUUUUCAUCCAUGGAGUGAUUAGUCCUUCAAUUUGGAAACUGCAGAGUUAUGUCAUUACAUGGAUUUGGCUGACCCAUUACAAUGUGCAUGAUGACCAAGAGUGACAUUGUUAUUAGAUAUUAUGAAGAAGCAGUUUGGAGUUCAGUGUAUAAAUUAUGGAAAAUUGUACAUAUAAAUAUAUCUUGCAACAGCUCUUCCGAGUAAAAUUACAGUACGAUGAUAUGCCAAAUUUUUUAGUCUUAAACAAAUUGGUUUGUUUAACAGUGUGUACUUAGCUGUUUAAAUGCUCUACCUGUGUGUCAGUAUGCAUAUGCAGACACAAAUGCCAAAUCAUUAAAUGCCUUAUGCCACAGCUUUAUUAUAAUUUCCUCUGUCAUCUUUUCUGAAAUUUCAAGUGUGAGGAUCAGAGCCCAGUAUAAAGCCUCUACAGCUCCCACAAAUGCUUGGUGUGGUGUAUUGCGGUAAUGGAUGGUGAAGUGACAGUGGAGUCAUAAUUUAGGAUGAUGUUUGACCUUAAUGUCUGAAGAAUUGUGUGAAACAUACUCUCUUCCAUCAGUUAAUCAUAUUGUUCUUCUAAGGGAACCGUUACAGCAUGGACUGCCUCAAUGGAGAGAGAUAUUACCAUAACCCUCCUUGAACAUCAUUCUUGUGUUUUUUACCUUGAUGGUUGGAGCGUGUUUCAAAAGAAUUAUAUUGCAAGUUGUUAAUUUAUCUGUGUCAGUUCACAUGUGUGUAAUAAUGAGACAUUUAAACCUUAUUUUACCUAGCCCCUCACUGAAUCUUUGCAAUUUAUACAUCCACCAAUUGACUCACUUCUGCAUUUGCUCAUUUGUGAACCAGACCUUUGCUGUAGCUAAGUGGAAAACUAAAGUCAUCAUUUACUCAUGUCUGCUUUACUGGUCAUACAAGGUUUUUUCAGCAGCAAUCAAUGUCUCAUCUUAGACUCUCCAAUUAAAUUUAUCUAUUUGUAUACUAUAGUGCAGAGAUUUGUUAACUGCGUGCUGCGGCAGCAUCACGUUUGUGCUACAGGACACCACCAGAAUAUGAUAUUAAUGUUGGAUAUACUGUAUGUAUUGUUUGCGAAUCUAAAGUGUUUCAUUUAUUAUAAUAUUUUUAAACCAGCCUUCUCACAUCAGCUGUCAGAUAGAUGAAUAGUUUGACUUGAUAUGCCAUGGAAAAAUUCUGAUAUUAAUGGCUCCAGAACCAAAAACGUUUUGAACUCAUUGUUGCACCGUAUAAUGGACUCAGUAAAAAAUGUUUCAAAAUGCCUUGUGUGUUGGUUGGAUUAGUUCCUUUGCAGAAAGGUGACAGAGCUAAUGUGAGAAACACUCUGUUCCUUCCUUCCCGAAUAAGUGAACGAUUUGUUUCAUAUGGAAUUUUUAUUUAGUGGAAAAAAUAUUCUUAUGAGCUCGGUGAUUUCCAAUGACGUAAUAGUCCCUAAUCGAGAGUAUAUUUAAAUCUGUCACAAUGUGAUGCACAAUCUAUAUGAGAACAUAUCAACAGUAUAAAAUGCAAUUAAUUGUUCACGAACCUGACCUGAUGUGUGAGUGCAGUUAUAAACAUAGUUAAAAUGUGCAGCAACAGUUCACCAUAGACUGUGGCUAUGUACACUCACUUUUUGGCAAUUUUCUGAAGUCUUGGAAUUAUGCCACCUCCCAUUCUUUCAUUUCUAUUUUGCUUUUAAAUACAUAAUGGACAUUUAACAUGUAAAUCACUGAGUCAUAAGAAUAUUUUUUCCACUAAAUAAAAAUUCCAUGUGAAACAAAUCGUUCACUUAUUUGGGAAGGAAAGAGCAGAGUGUUUCUCACAUUAGCUCUGUCACCUUUCUGCAAAGGAACCCAUCCAACCAACACACAAGGCAUUUUAAAACAUCAGCAUGAUUAACUGCAAUGAAGAGAGAGGAGUUCUAUGUUGCGCCUGUACAUAUUUGCUUCUUCUCUGACACAAUAGAAACAAUGUCUCCUCUCCCCUCCCACAUCAGUUUUAUACAUAGCCAAAGCAAUCAUACUUUGUGCAUAUGUAGUUAUGUUUUAGGAUAUAUUAGCAAACGAAAGCGCUGGCAGGUUGAUAGACACACAAACAUACACACAAAAUUCAAGCUUUC